AGCGUGCAGCCGCACUCCACUUCCUCUUCCAGCAUUCUUCUGCCAGCCUCCUUCCGGCUUCCUCCCGCCUUCCUUCCGGCUUCCGCCUGCUUUCAUUCCGCCUUCGCUCUGCUGUAGUCCCGAUGCUCCCCCAACGGCGGCGAAUGCGGGUCCGGUCCCCUGGCGGCGCUGCCGCCUCCUCCGCGCCGCCCUCGACGCGCUUCCCUGGCGUUGCCAUCUACUUGGUCGAGCGGCGCAUGGGUCGCAGCCGCCGGGCCUUCCUCACUCGCCUGGCGCGCUCCAAAGGCUUCCGCGUCCUCGAAGCCUGCAGCUCCGAGGUGACACAUAUUGUGAUGGAGCAGACCUCAGCGGAGGAGGCUGUUUGUUGGCAGGAGCGCAGAGCAGUGGCUGCACCCCUAGGAUGCACCCCUGCAGCUCUGCUGGACAUAAGCUGGUUCACAGAGAGCCUGGCAGCUGGGCAGCCUGUACCCGUGGAGUGCCGGCACCGCCUAGAGGUGGCAGAACCCAGAAAGGGGCCCCCAAGCCCAGCAUGGAUGCCAGCCUAUGCCUGCCAGCGCCCCACGCCCCUCAUACACCAUAACAUCAGCCUCACGGAGGCUCUGGAGACACUGGCAGAGGCGGCGGGCUUCGAAGGCAGUGAGGGCCGCUGCCUCACCUUCCAGAGGGCGGCAUCGGUGCUCAGGGCCCUCCCCAGACCUGUCAUAGCUCUCAGCCAGCUGCGGGGGCUGCCCCACUUUGGAGAACAUUCCUCCAGGGUUGUGCAGGAGCUGCUGGAGCACGGAGUGUGUGAGGAGGUGGAGAGAGUCCGGCGUUCCGAGAGAUACCAGACCAUGAAGCUCUUCACUCAGAUCUUUGGGGUCGGUGUGCGAACCGCUGACCGCUGGUACCAGGAAGGGCUGCGAACCCUGGAUGACCUCCGAGAGCAGCCCCAGAGACUGACCCAACAGCAGAAAGUAGGCUCGCCCGCCCUAGAGGCCUCUCGCAGUCCUGCAGCCACGGGCCGCGGGGCGGAGGCCAGGCCGGGUGAGUCAGGAGAGCCGGUGCUGCCCGCAGGGCUCCAGCACCACCGGGACCUGAGCAGCCCCGUCCUGCGGCCCGACGUAGAGGCCCUGCGGCAGCUGGUGGAGGCGGCCGUGGAGCAGGCCCUGCCCGGGGCUACUGUCACGCUGACUGGUGGCUUCCGGAGGGGGAAGUUGCAGGGCCACGACGUGGACUUCCUAAUUACCCACCCCGAGGAGGGCCAGGAGGCGGGGCUGCUGCCCAGAGCGAUGCGCUGCCUGCAGGACCAGGGCCUUGUCCUGUACGACCAGUACCAGCAGAGCCACUAUGGGGACCCUGCCCGGCAGAGCCACACCAUGGAUGCCUUCGAGAGGAGUUUCUGCAUUUUCCGCCUGCCACAGCCCCCGGGGGCUUCUGUCAGGGAGGCCCCAAGGCCCCGCCCGGCGUGGAAGGCCGUGAGGGUGGACUUGGUGGUGGCUCCCAUCAGCCAGUUCCCUUUUGCUCUGCUUGGCUGGACUGGCUCCAAGCUUUUCCAGCGGGAGCUGCGCCGCUUCAGCCGGAAGGAGAAGGGGCUGUGGCUGAAUAGCCACGGGCUGUUUGACCCAGAGCAGAAGACAUUUUUCCACGUGGCUUCAGAGGAAGACAUCUUCAGACACCUGGGCCUCGAGUACCUUCCCCCAGAGCAGAGAAAUGCCUGAGCCUGCCUGUGGCCCCAACUUCCAUUCUUAGGAAAUGAGGGGCUGCCCCUGCCUUGGCCACUGAGUGUCCCCAGGCAGAAGAUGUGCCGCUGCCCACUGUCUUCACCCUCCCAGGUGGAGAAACCCCGCCUGCGGGGGCCUGGCUCUGCUGGAAGCCAGUUGUGUCUGAGCUGUCGGCCCCCAUCAGCUGUGGGCGCCUGCGAGGUGGGAGCCUCCAUGCUGGCCUUGUCACUGUGUGACCCUGGGUCAGCCCUCAGCCUCCCCAUGCCUCAGGUUCCUGCCCUGGACGGGGGUCUGAGCGGUGCCCACUGCACGGAGCCGUGGCGGAGCCCGUAGUCACGAAUGCCAAGUGCUCUGCCUGGUGCACAGCGAUUGAUCCGUCAGUCGCAGUUACUGUGAGCCUGCAGGGCACCCUGCUCACAAGUGCUUGGAGGAGAACCACAUGUCCCUGCCCUGCGUUUGAGCUGCGAGGUGGAGGCUACAGUUCUUGCGCCGGGGUGCUGAGGGGUACGCUGUGGGCAUCCAGAGAGGGAGAAGACGGGAGGGAGUGUGAGGAAGAGAACUUCCAGCAAGCCCGCAGCCAGGCUUUCUGUUUCCACCUUUAGGGCCUGUUGUCAGCACAGAUUUUUAAAAAUAGGUCAUAUCCUGCCACUCCUUGCUCAGAACCCUCCCCUCGGGUGGUUCCAAACCCAAACUCCUCCUGUGGCCCCCAGGGCUCUGGUAUUUCUUCCUGCCCUGCCAGCCCCUGCUCCCUUCUCUCCAGCCCCACUGGCCCCAGCUGCUGCCUGUGUGGCUGCUUUCCUUCUUGGUGGGCCCCAGGCCCCGGGUGGCCGACUCCCUCCCCGUCUCACUGAGGCAGAAGCAGUGAGGUGGGCUGUACACAUGGUCCCCUCUGCGUUCCUCACCUGCCCCCAGCACGCUCCAGCCUCAGGGGCUUUGCUGUUGCCCCACCAUCCAUCUGCGGUUUGCUCUCCUCCAGGCCUCGACUCAAAAGUCCCUUUGGCCGGGGAGGACUCCCGCACCACUUAAAAACAUUAAAAUAUAUUUUUAAAAUGAA